AUGACGACCUCGCUCUUUAUCUCGCUGCUCACCCUCUCUACCCUUCCAUCCCUCUCCCUCGCCGCGCGCCCCAAAGAUGCGAUCCUUCUCUCCGAGGUGCAAUCCCUAACCCUCCGCUCCCCAGCAAAGACAACCUCCCGCCGCCUCCCGCCCGUCCCACAACUCACCUGCCGCUCCCCCCGCCCAAUUUGCAACCUAGCAAACAUCCGCACCAUGCGCUGCACCAACCAGGGCUCGUCGUACACGGCCCAGGACAUCGAGUGGGCGUGCACGGCGACGCUGCCCUCCACGCUCCGCCUGGACCGCACCGAGGUUAUCUGCGAGGGCUACGCCUCCGCCGACGACGCCUACGUUCUCCGGGGCAGCUGCGGGGUCGAGUAUACGCUCCGGCUCACCGAGGAAGGGAGGGAGAGGUACCCUGAGCUGGUGCAUAAUGAUGAUGGAAAGAGUAGAGCGGAAAAAUGGGCUGGGCGGCUGUUCAUGGGGUUGUUCGUCGCUGUGGCGGGGUGGAUUGUGUGGUCUGCAUGGACGAGGGCUGCUGAGAACAGGCGGUUGGGAGGUGGUGGGAAUGGGAAUGGUAACACCUGGAGGGGAGGGGGUGGUGGUGGAGGGGGAGGAGGGGGCGGUAAUGAUGGAUGGAAUGAUCCGCCGCCGCCGUACCCGGGGACGAAGCCAUCGUCGAGUCAGCAGGGGUGGAGGCCUGGGUUCUGGUCCGGUUUGGCAAGUGGUGCGGCGGCUGGGUAUAUGGCUGGCAACCGGGGACAGAGGAAUGAUGAGCGGAUGAACUACGGCCGGGGCGGCGGACUGUGGGGGAACAAUGGCGCCGGUUCUGGGAGCUGGGGUUCGAGCUCCAGCUCUAGCUCUGGUUCUGGCUGGGGUGGUCGACGGUCGGGAUCGAGCGGUUCCAGUUCACGGCACGAAAGCACGGGGUACGGAUCGACCAGCCGCCGUUGA